AUGAAUGACGUCGAUUCUUCGCUUCUCGCCGCUCCAGGAGACUGCUGUUUUCAACUUGUGAAGCAUUCGGGCGAACCGGUUGGGAGAAAAACUACAAUAGGAGGUUUCGAGACGUAUAUCUCAGAACCUCUGGCGGAUAUAGCAGGUCCAAAGAAAGUCCUGCUCUACUUUUCGGACCUUUUCGGACCUUUCUUUAUCAAUGCGAAGCUGGUACAGGAUUACUUUGCUUCUCAUGGGUUCAUCGUGCUUGGGAUCGAUUACUUCUUCGGAGACUCCAUUGGCUGCCAUCUCGACGAUCCGACGUUUGACAGGUCUGGAUGGAUUUAUAAGGCGAGGAAGCGCGCAAAGGAGGAGGCUCCGAGGUGGUUCCCACAGGUGAGAACGCUGUAUGGACCGGACACGAUCUACUGUGCAGUGGGCGUCUGUUUUGGUGCUGCAUUCGCACUUGACCUUGCCGCGACUGAAGACAUAGUGGCGGCCGCAUUCGCGCACCCUGGAGCAGCGAACGAAGAUCAUUUCAAGAAACUGAAAAUUCACUUUGUCACUUCUUCCACUUUUCAGGGUCAUGCUCUAACGAUAGAAACUGACAAUUCCUUUCCCGUGAAGUCUCGCCGGCGCGCAGAGGACAUUCUGAUCGAGAUCAAAGCCACUUACCAGAUCAAGGUGUAUUCCGGGGUGUCGCAUGGGUUCGCCACUCGGGGCGACCCUGAGGUGGAGAAUAGCCGGUGGGCAAAGGAGAACUCGGCAAGGAGCAUGAUCGAGUGGUGCAAUCGCUUCAGCAAGAGUUCAUGA